AUGCACCAGUUAUCAUAUCCAGAAGAUACAAAUCGUCAAGAAGCUGAAUCUAUGUAUGCUUUAUUAUUGCGAGACCUAUUAAUUGAGAUUGAAUCGAAUAAAGAAGAAAUGGUCACUUUUUGUCGUCAGAAGUGUGCAAAUGACACAAUACAAUUACGCUACAUUCAAGAUUUUGAAAACACAUACGCACCUUCUCAAACAAUCAACUGGUAUACCCGAGACACGUUUCUCUAUCGUCUUCUCAAUAAAGCUUUGAGGGACCAGGACAUUGGUACACUUUAUUCACUUCGUUAUUUUAUCAAAGACUUGCAUUUACAACUUCACAAUGAAUAUAUUUCGCAACAACAGUCAGAAACUAUUACCACUGUUUAUCGUGGACAGCUAAUGAGCGAUGAAGAAUUUGACAAAAGAAUACGAUGCAACGUUGGUGGCUUAUUUUCAGUUUAUAGUUUUUUAUCAACAACAUUCAAUAAACGACUAGCUAUUCUAUAUGCUGGUAACCACAAUCGGAACGAUACGUCUUCUGAACAAAGUGUUUUAUUCCAUAUUGAUUUGAAUAAACCUAUCACCAAGUUUCCAUAUGCCAAUAUUUCCACAUUAAGUGCAUUUGAGGCUGAAGAUGAAAUCUUGUUUACAAUGGGUGCGGUGUUUCGGAUUGUAUCGAUCAAAAAACGUGAUAAAGAUUGUUGUUGGAAUGUUUAUUUACAAUUGACUAACGAAGAAGACAAAGAAUUGAGAACAUUAACUGGAUAUAUUAGAAAAGAGAUUAAACAACAAAAUCCACUUUUUACCUUGAUAAAUUUGGUAAGACAUAUGGCCAAUUAUGAACAAGCUGAAAAAUUCUGUCAGCUGUUAUUAAAAGAUCCAUCAUUUAUCAGCGAAUUUAGCUCAGUUUGCAACAUAAAAAACGUGCUAGGUUGCAUUUAUAGUGAUAUGGGUCAACAUGCGAAAGCAACUGAAUGGCUUGAGAAAUUAAUUAAUGAUAUUUCAGUGCAUUCAUCACCUGUUUAUUACAUUAUAGUAGCGCAUGCUUAUAACCAUUUAGCAGUUGCUUAUCUACAUCAAAACGAACGUGACAAAGCAUUAGAAUGUUUCCGUACCGCUUUAGAUAUAGUGUCAAACAGUACCAAUCCAGAUAAGAUGGGAAUUGCAACACUGUACAGUAACAUUGGAGCGGUCUAUAUAGAGCAAAAGCGUAUUUCAGAAGCUUUGGAAAUGUUUGAAAAGUCUCUUGAAAUUCAUUCAAGACUUGUUCCUUCUAACCAUCCUUCACUUGCUUCACUCCACAACUCUAUCGCUGCAGCUUAUAGUUCCCAAGACGAUUAUGAUGAUGCGCUGGAACAUUACGAUAAAGCACGUCAAAUUCAGUGCAGUUCUCUUCAGUCACACCAUCCGGACAUAGCUGCAGCCUAUUACAAUAUAGCAACGGUGCUAUUGAAAAAGGACGACUUAUUGAAAGCAUUAGAAAUGUACAACAAAUCUCUAGAAAUGCGACUAAAGAUUCUUCCUCCAGAUCAUCUAGAUAUUGCCGCAUCGUACACUGCUGUUUCACUUAUUGAACAAAUAAGAGGCAACUAUAACGAAGCACUAAAAGGUUUUAAUCAAGCACAUCAAAUUCGAGUGAAUGAUUUUAAAAAUUAUCAUGUAGAUAUCGACGUCAUCUACAAAAACUUAGCGGAAGCAUUUAGAGUAGAAGGUGGCUCUUUUGCCAUUCUAAAACAACCCUCAAAAUUAAUGGAAGAAGCGUUGAUCCAAGUAAAAAAAGCACAGGAUAUGCUUACAGCGUAUCAAAAGGUCAAUUUUCCAAAAAUUAUGCCAGAUCUGAUGGGCAUUGACCUUAUAAAGAAACAGAUUGAAGCAACAAAAAAAUAG